CCGGCCGGUUUCGGUUCUGCGCAGGCCGGGUGUUCUCGCCGCUCGCCCCUUUCUGGGACCACAGGACGUGGCUCCCGGACGGGACAUGGCUGGGCCGGGGCACUGCUCCGCGGGGAAGCCGCUGCUGGUGAAAAUAGUGAUGGCCGGGGAGUCCUGCGUGGGGAAAACCUCCAUCGUGAGGAGGUACACGGAGCCCAGCCCGGCCGGGCCGCCCCGCGCCGCCUCCUACAUCGCCACCGUCGGCAUUGAUUUUAAAGUAAAAACAAUAACCUUUAAUGAUACAACAGUGAAACUUCAAAUAUGGGAUACUGCUGGUCAGGAACAAUUCCAUACAAUUAGUACUAGUUAUUUUCGUGGAGCACGUGGCUUUGUUCUGGUCUAUGACAUAACAAACUCAGACAGUUUUCAGGGUAUAACAAGCUGGAUGAAAGAUAUACAUGAGAAAGCAGAUGACGAGGUGGAUAUAGUACUGUUGGGUAACAAGUGUGAUAAGGAGACAGAACGUGUAAUUCCAAAGCAUAGAGGAGAAAAGCUUGCAUGGGAAUAUGGUAUACCUUUUUUUGAAACCAGUGCUACAGAUAACAUAAAUAUUGAAGAUGCCUUUUCAGUAUUGGUCAAAGAAAUAUUGGACAAGAAUUCCUGCAUAUUGUGUGACUUAGAUGUGGUUGAUCUAAAUGAAAGUAAGAAAAAGAGAACUUGCUGCCAAUUGUGAAAUGUCACCUGCACUUCUGUCUUACUUCAGGAAGUGUUAACGAUUUCAUAGGAAUACACAAAGGUGUUAAAAUGAAUUUGAUUAUUUAGGCAAUUUGUGUAUGUUACAGAAAUCUUGCUGCUGUAAGUAUUGACAUUUACAAUGCUACAGUACUGUAUAUACAUGAAUGUUCUAUUUCCUAGUUUUUAAAAGUGAAGUUAAAUCAAUUAUUUGCAUUUAGGACCUUUAUGACCAGCACAGUGGGACUAUUCAUAAAUGCCAGUGUUUUCAGGAAUGGGACCUAAAUGUACAAUCCUUCUCUUGUUGAAGUUAAUAACUGCCUUAAUUUUUUUUCUUUGUCUGUCUCUUCACAUAGUGAACCCUACAACAAAGGGCCCCUCAGACAUGCAACCCUCAGAUCUAAAUGACCAAUUUAAAAUAUUCCCAAAGUUUCCAAUACAGUCUGAAUUAAGUUUAAAUUAGAGACAUUAUCAAUUAAAUUAGAGACCAUAACUGAGAUUCUGCCGUGUCCUUGGGUGGUCGCUUAACAUACAUUUCUGGAUAGUUUUGGGGUGGGUUUUUUUUUGAGGUGGCAGGGGGUGGGAAUUGGUUGUUUGGUUUUUGUUUGUUUUUUUUCCAGUGUAAAGAGUUUGUAUUGUUUUGUAAUACCAGUGCAAAACAAGGUGUAACAGGACCAAAAGAGAAAAGAAAAACUUAUCUAAUGUACAUACAUUAUACAGACAGACUUUAGAAUGAAGAAAAAAACAGAAGUUGAUAAAUACAUGUAUUUACACUAAUGUAAUGUUACACACUGUGUGUAGAACACCAAAUCAAUUAUUAUUAUUUAUUGGGAUUCUCAAUGCUAAGAAAGACUUCAUCAUGUUACACAUGGAUGUAUGCAUCCUCUUAAUUUGUACAUCAGAACAAUGGAAUGUUUCCAGUGGUCAAUAGAUUGCUGAUAAGAAGUUUAUAGCCUUGUAAAAUAAUAGUAGUGGAAUAUUUUCAGGAUGUUAAAGUUUUCUAAUGUUAUCAAUUUGUUCCUUUAUACUAGAUGAUCUGAGUAUUAAUAAAAGUAUAUUCAGUGGUAA